AUGGCACGUGCACUUGUCCUCCUGCUGGUGGCGCUGACGGCCUCAUCGGUCCUGGCCGAGAAGACGUCUCUUCCUCUGACCCCAGAGUCCAUCGCCGAGGUGUUCAAGGGCUUCUCCGAGGAGCUGCAGAACACCCUCCAGUCCACCACCAGCCAUGGUCGUAGCAUGCUUGGCCUGAAGGAGGACGCCCACUCCUUCUUCAAGGACAUCCUGGGUGGAAACUGGAGCGACCACGUCCCUGCAGCCUGGAAGGACAACGACUUCAGCCUGGAGAAGCUGUUCCCUUUUGACCUGAAGAACAGCAUGGAUGACUUCCUGGACAACAGCCAGCUGGCCGAGUUCCGCCGCCCCCACUCCAUCCCCGAGCUGCACGACCUGUUCGAGUCCACCCUCGCCAAGUUCUGCAGGAACUACACCUUCACCAUCUCCGAGAAGGUGGACCCCUUCUGCGCCGGCCCCACCGUCUCCCUGUCGUACUCCCCCAAGACCUGCAUCAUCGACGAGCUGAAGAAGCAGAUCAUCUGCACCCCUGCCUCCAUCUCGCUCACCAAGGAGCCCGGUACCUGCAUCAUCGACGAGCUGAAGAAGCAGAUCAUCUGCACCCCUGCCUCCAUCUCGCUCACCAAGGAGCCCGGUGUGUGCGUGAAGAAGGCCUUCACCCCCACCAUCUUCAUCGGCAAGUCCUGCGCCAUCCGCAAGACCAUCGGCGUGGAGGCCGAGGUCGUCAUCGGCGGCGCAGAGUUCGACAUCCCCCUGAACCAGUACUUCCCCCUGUCUGAUGACACCGGCAAGAAGCUGGAGGCUAAGUUCUCCAAGUUCAAGAAGUUUGACAAGGCCCUGCCCCCCCUGUCUGAGAUCGUGCCUGCUCUAGAGGACGAGUUUGCCCCUGCCAUCGAGGCGAUCGAGGACAUCCUGGACUGA